AUGAAGCGCUCGUACAACGCCAGCAGCCCGUCUGCGCCCUACCAGCAAGGCUACCCGCAGCCCGCCGCUGCCGCCCCUCCUCCUCUCCCUCCCGGCCCUCCUCCUCCUCCUGCCCCCGCACCCAACCCGUACGCCAACUACGGCUACGGCGGCGGCGGGUUCGACCCGGCCCAGCAGCAGCACGCCCAGCAGUACCCGGGCUAUGCCUACCCCCAGACCGCCGCCGCCACACCUCCCGCACAGCAACCCUACGCCGCAGCCCCAACCGCAGCAGCAGCAGCAGCGACGGCAGCGCCUCCCGACCCAGCCGUCGCCGCCCAGUGGGCCGCUUACUAUGCCGCCUACGCCCAGCAGGCGACGGCCGCGGCAGCCGCAGCCGGCGCCGCCGCCUCGCCGUACGGCGCCACCUCGCAGCCCGCCUACGCCCACGCGCAGCAACCCGCCGCUGCUGCGCCGACGCCGUACGGCGCUCCCCCUCCUCCUCCUCCACCUCUUCCGCCAGCAGGCACCUCGCCCCUCGGCGCUCAGCCGCCGUACAAGCGCACGCGCUACGACCAGCCGCCGCUCCCGCCCGGCCCGCCGCCGCCCGCCGCUCCCGGAGGAGGAGGAGGGUACAGCCACCCGCCCAUGCCGCCGUCGGUCCUGCCACCCCUCGGCGGCGGCGGCCGCUCGUCCCGCACGGGCCCGCCGCCCCUCGCUGGAGGAGCGGGCGGGCGUGGCGGGCCCCCAGCGCCACGAGGCGGCGGCGGUGACCCGUACGGCGCGGGCAUGCCGCCGAGCGGGCCGGGCGGGAUGCGCGGCGGCGGGAGGGACAUGGGGCCGCGAGGGGGAGGGGGGCGCGGUGGACCGGGCAUGGGCAUGGGCAUGGGAGGAGGGUACGACGACCGCAUGAUGGGACCGCCGGGCGGAGGAGGAGGAGGAGGAGGAGGAGGGUUCCCGCCGCGAGGAGCGCCGUCGGGGCCUCGCGGCGGCGGCGGCGGCGGUGGAGGAGGGCCGAGGAACGACGAGCGCUCGUUCGGCCCGCCGACGGGGCCACGCGGCCGUCCCUCGCGGCCCAUGUCGGGCCUCCCGAGCGGGCCAGCCGGUGGCGGCGGCGGCGGCAAGUACGGCGGCGCGCCGACGGGCCCGAGCGGCGGCGCAGGCCCGCGCGGCGGCGGCGGCGGCGGCCUCGGCGUGCCCAACGCGCCUCGUGGGCCCAAGGCGCAGCCCUCGCGAGGUGAGGCGGGUCUCGGCGCCGGUGCAGCCGGGCGCAACUCGGACGUGAACCGCCAGGCGCCGCGCAAGGAGCGCAAGUGGGGCGCCGGCGGCGGCGGCACGCCGCCCACCGGCCCUGCCGCUGUGGCCUCGUCGUCGUCGUCGUCGUCGGCGGCGGCGGCGGCGAGUACGCCGAGCAAGCGCACGCGCGACCGCGACGCCGACCGCGAUCGCGAGGGCGACACGUCGUCGGGCGCAGCCAAGCGCACGUUCACCGACUUCCGCAUCGAGGGCCUCUCUUUCCCCGAGCUCGGGUGGGAGUGGAACGCCGAGCGGGUCGAGCACGAGAUGCGCAGGGCAGCCGAGAAGCUCGAGCAAAAGGUCCGCGACAAGGUGGCGCAGGACGCCGCCGCCGCCGCCAAGACGGUCGAGUCCGCCCAAGAUGACGACGAUGUCGACAGCGAGCCCGUCGCAGGCGACGACUCGACCGGCGACAUGUCGAUCGACCAGCCGCCGUCCGCCUCGGACCUCGACCUUCCUCCUCCGUCUUUACCACCUCCCGCCGAUGCGCCUGCCGCCCCAGCCUCGACCUCGCACGGCAAGCACCGCCGCGACGAGGACGCCGCCGAGCAGGUCGCGCAGCCGGGCGUCGACGACCAGGACGAGGAGGGCGUCAAGCCCAAGAAGGUGCGCGUCGGCGACGUCGAGCUCAGCAGCGGCGGUGCCGGCGCCAUCGACGUCGACGUCGACGGCGAGGCGCUGCAGCCAGCGGCGACGGUGCCUCCCGCCGCCGCGAGCCAGGAGCCGGCCAGCGCCGAGGUCGCCGAGACGGCGCCCGCCCAGCCCGAGGGCGAGCAGCAGCCGACCACGACCGCCGAGGAGGCACCUGCCGCCGCCGACGACGACGACGACGACGUGGACGGCGCGCCCCUCGCGCCGUCGUCCCCCGUCCCCGCACCUGCCGCUCGGCCCGCCUCGCUCCCUCCACGCCCGCCGCCCGCCGCACCCGCUCCCGCACGCGAGAACUCGCGCCUGCGCAUCUACUUUGCGUCGCCCACUGCGAGCGCGACGCUGCCCGGCGCGGCGGCGGCGGCGGCGGCGGCGGGGCCGGUCAAGGUCGAGCCGGUCAAGGUCGAGCCGGUCGUUCCGGCGUCGGCGGCGACGGCGGUCAAGCUCGAGAAGGACGAAGCGGCCCAGGAGCAGGGUGACGAGGAGAAGGCGGUCAAGGUCGAGCCGGUCGAGCGGGCCGACGUCAAGGUCAAGGAGGCGGCGCAGGGCGAGGCGGCGGCGCCCGAGCCGGUCCAGCUGGGGGAGGACGAGGACGUCGACGGUGAGCCUGUCGGCGACGCACCGGACUCGGCUCCCGCCGACGGCGUCGGCGCCAAGGACCAGGCGCCGGUCGAGCAGCCGGUCGUGCCCGAGACGGGAGGCGACGCCGCGAGCGAGGACGGAGCGCCGGUCGGGCCCGACGAGAACGACGACGAGGGCGACGAGCAGGAGGGAGAGGAGGAGGACGACGACGACGACGACGACGACGAGCUGCUCAUCACGGCGGCCGACUCGGGCGACGUCAACGAGGAGCUACAGCAGCUCCUAAUCGCCCAGGUCAAGGAGCAGCUCGCCGCCGAGUCGGAAUCCCUCCGCGACUCGUCGCCUGCGCCCUCCGUCGCCGAGACCGACGCCGCCGCCGCACCUGAACCCGCACCUGAACCCGCGCCCGCACUCGCGCCGCCGCCGCCGCCGCCGCUCGCGCCCAUCGCGCCCGAGCCCUCAGCCGACCGCAUCUCGAUCUCGUACGCGCGCAACACUCGGCGCGUCGUCCUCGACGCCGACGUCAUCGAGUCGGUCAGGGUGUUCCGCAGCGACGGGCGCGUCGAGCUCGCCGUGCGGUGCCGGCCGGCGCGCGCUCGCGAGGGCGAGGGCGAGGGUGAGGUGGACGAUGAGACGAGGGUGUGCAAGGGCGUCCUCGUCGAGACGCUCGACGCCGACACGGACGACUACGUCCUCGUCGACCGCAAGGCGCUCGCUCACGCCUGGGCAACCGAGGCGACCGGCGGCGACAGCUCGCACGACCCUCUCCUGCCCCCUCUGCACCGCCUCCUCGUCUCGUCGACCGCCGACCCGUCGUCGUCGUCGUCGUCGUCGUCGACGACGCCAACCUUCUCGCACGAGGUCAUCACCGUCUCGGCGCAGCUCGACCGGCAGAACCCGCUCACCGAGGCGCGGUGGGUCAAGACGGGCGAGGUCGAGAACUGGCUCGUGAGCCUCGGCAUCUCGAACGGCGCCAAGCCGCACGACGCGGCCAAGCUGAGCGAGUGGAAGGGGAAGAUCAAGAUUGUCGACCCGGAUCCUCCUCCGACGAUCCAGCACGCGCUCGACUCGUGGGCCGCAAGCUCGAGUGCAGGCUCGCUCGACGAGCGCAAGAAGUUCGUCCGGACGCACAUGGCGAGCAUCGACAACGUCGUCGAGAUCCUCUUGCGCCUCACGCGCGGCGACCGCGCCGGCCCGUCGCACUACUCGGCCUCGAGCGGGUACCAGCAGCCUCCCGCGGUCGGCGCGCUCGCCGUCACGCUCGCCGCCCCGUUCCCGGACCAGCAGACGCAGGUGUCGCUCGCGGUCCUGGCCAUGUUUCGUCUGAGCGUCAAGACGGCCCAGAGGGCGGGCAUCCCGACCGACGAGGUCGAGCGGCAGGUGGCAGAGAUUGUGCGCGCGCUGCCGAGCCACUUGCUGUUCAAGAGCGUCGACGGCAUGUUUCGCGAGGUCGUCAGGCCGCACUAUGGCGGUGGCGGCGGCGGCGGCGGGCACAAGGGCGGAGGAGGAGGCGGCGGUCGGGGCGAGCGCGGCAAAAAGGGCAGGAGGGACUGAGCGCAUGAGCGACUCUGCGGGCCGGUCGGCC